AUGCUACUCUAUCUAUCUAUCUAUCUAUCUAUCUAUCUAUCUAUCUAUCUAUCUUCACAAGAUAUUCAAAUAAGAAUACGCUCAGGCUUAUUCCGUAAAACGAGAUCGGACAUUUCGAACGAGAUUCUGCCUUCGGCGGAAGGACCAAAAAGAGAGGGAUCGGCUUGCAUCACCCCGAACGAGUCAUUUUUUCUGUUUCUGAGCCCGUUCAGCCGGCGGAACCUCGUCGCAAAAACGGGUUCAUUCACCCCGAACGAGAUUCUGCUCAGAGGUCGUUUGUUGCACAAAGAGCAGAAGGAAUUGGAAAUCACCAGCGGGGAUGUGUCGCCUGUAACGAAACGCAAAAAGCAUUCACGGCGUUCGGACAGUAACAGGGCGCCACAAUUCGUACAGCGGCGAUCGAUCUGGGUGACUGGAUCUCUCUCUGUCUCUAUCUAUCUAUCUAUCUAUCUAUCUAUCUAUCUAUCUAAUUUUGUCCAGCUGGAUUUUUCUCUCUCUCUCUCUUUAUCUAUCUAUCUAUCUAUCUAUCUAUCUAUCUAUCUAUCUAUCUAUCUAUCUUACUUGAUAUCUAUCUAUCUAUCUAUCUAUCUAUCUAUCUAUCUAUCUAUCUGA